ACUACCCGGAAGUAUUUGUUAUAUUUAUUUACAAGAGAGUGAGUCACAUCGACACUUACCAAAACCUAAUUAGUAGUUGUUUUAACGUCUAUCCCACCAUUAGGUGUUGCAAGUUUCACAGUUUUGAACAUGUCAGAGUCCGGGCACAGCCAGCCCGGGAUGUACGGGCAGGGUAGGAGGAGGAGGCGACGCCGGGGCGAGAGAGAUAUUGGACCCCCUGGACAAAAUCUGUCUGGGCCCAGCCGUGACCGAGAAUACCAACCGAGAGAACGAAGGGAUGGGAGUGAGGAUCCACCAGGACCCCUCAUCCAAAAAACACCCAUCAUUCUUGCAAAGCCUCCAGGUGAAAGGGCCAAACCUUCACAGAAUGCACCCGUCAGCGGAGCUCCAGUUCUGGACAAGCCAAUCAUGCUAAUGAAAGCCAGGGAUGAUGGAGGGAAGCCAGGGACACCUCCAGAUACAGCAGCUCAGUCCUCUGGUCCCGGACCCUCCAAGAUGGAGAGGGAAGGGCAGAGACCCACACAACCUGUCUACCAGAUUCAGAACCGAGGAAUGGGGGCUUCUGCAUCAGGCAAUGCUGUGGACCCCAUGGUCGGUCAGUCCAAACUCCUCCAUCCAGAAAAGAUGAAGCACAGCAUUAAGCUGGUUGAUGACCAGAUGAACUGGUGUGACAGUGCCAUGGAGUAUCUGAGGGACCAGACCGACAUGUUGGUAGUGGGAGUCAUUGGCCUGCAGGGAACUGGCAAAUCUACCAUUAUGUCACUAUUAUCUGCAAACACACCUGAAGAAGAUCAAAGGAGUUACGUCUUCAGAGCCCAGAGUCAAGAGAUAAAGGAGAGAGGAGGGAAUCAGAGCUCAGGUAUUGAUUUCUUCAUCACUCAGGAGAGAGUCAUCUUUUUGGACACACAGCCUAUUCUCAGCCCCUUUAUACUUGACCAUGUUAUCAACAAUGAUCGAAAGCUGCCUCCAGAGUACAACCUUCCUCACACAUAUGUGGAAAUGCAGUCUCUUCAGAUCGCAGCCUUCCUGUUUACGGUAUGCCACGUAGUUAUUGUGGUACAAGACUGGUUUACUGACAUAAACCUAUACAGGUUUCUACAGACUGCUGAGAUGCUCAAGCCUUCCACCCCAUCUGCAAGCCAUGACAGCUCUGGCUCCUCUGGCAGUGAUGAUGGAGCAGAGUACUAUCCUCAUAUAGUUUUUCUCCAGAAUAAGUCAAGAAGAGAGGAUUUCUGUCCAAGAAAUUUUAAGAACAUGCACAUGGUCGUGGACAAACUAAUGGCACAUUCUCAUCUUAAAUAUAAAGGUACCCUAUCCAUGUUGGAUUGCAACAUCUUUCCAGGAAUGGUGCAGGAAUAUUUGGAUGCUGAGGUCAACAUGUUUCUGCUUCCGGUUCAAGAAAAUGAUGGAGAGGAUAACCUGAACAAAGCAGGGACAGGGACAUACCCGCUCUUCUCUUUGCUGCCCGGUUACAGAGGUCAUCCCACCUUCUCCACCAUGGUCUCUAAGCUCCGCAGCCAAAUCUUGGCCAUGCCUCGCUGUCAGCUGUCUCACACAAUUCUCACUGAGAAAAACUGGUUUCACUACGCUGCUCGUAUCUGGGAUGGAGUUAAAAAGUCUUCAGCUCUCUCUGAAUAUAGCCGCCUCCUCUGUUAGCACCAUCUAAAAUUACUGAUGUACAGUGACAUUUUAUUUUGAU